CGGUAAGUAUGGAGUGUAUCUUGAGAGGAAUACUAACUUUCCGCUACCCAGUAUAUAUCUGUCCGGGUAAGUCCAACGCACAAAACCGGCCAAAAAAGAAGUAUUCUGAUGUUGCCUUGUUCAUUUACAGGUAUCAUCCUUGCUGAAGCCUCCAUCUGGUUAUCCGCUGCAAGGUCACUGGCCGUCUCGAAGGUCGUCGAGAACGGUGUGAGAUUCCUCCCGACUCCCAUUCAUCAGGCACGGUCAGCCAUCCGAAGCCUUUCAAAUACUCAAUCAAGCCUCGCUCUGCAGCCUCCAUUCAUCUCAUUCAGCAAGACAGUGCUAACUACUAAGUGCCACUCGAUCAAUCGAAGAUGAACAUAGUAGAGAAAUAUGCCUCGCCAUGGGCGCUCGCCGGCGAGUUUCACACUAGACUUAUCUAUCAUAAUUUGCAUUUUGCGUUUCAUGCGGCAUGU